UUUGUUAUCUAAAGUUUUCAUAAUUUGUAAUAUUUUGUAAAGUUUCAUAAUAGAAUAAACACCGAUUUUUUUCGGUUUUAUAAUGUCCGAAAUUUAUUUUGCUAUAAUAAAAUGUCGGAUUGGUACUGGAAAGUCAUAGCUUUGAAGGCGGCAUUCAUUUUAACAUGUUUUUCUUCUUAUAUUCGGUCGGAUGAUAAUAUCAAGAGGAUACCCUUCUGUAAUCCACAUAAUGUAGAAAACGGUGUUCCAGUUAUUACCGACUUGGUAAUCGUGAGCACAUUAGAUGGAAGAUUGACAGCUUUCUCAACAAAUGAUGGCACUAAAGCAUGGGAUUUACAGACUCAACCGCUAUUGUCAUCCAAUCUCCAUCAUGUUGAGUUAACAUCUGGUGGCAAAUGGGUGCGACUGGUUCCGUCACUUCGUGGAGGACUGUACAGCCUGAGUGGAGAAACUAUAGAGCCACUCCCAUUUGAUGCUGAACAACUGUUGUCAUCUUCUUUCAAGUAUUCCGAUGAUCUUGUCAUAGCGGGAGCACGUGAGACAUUAUGGCUAGGCGUGGACGCGAGUACAGGCGGCGUAGUUUACGAGUGCGGGUCUAGCGGUUGCAACAGUGAACAACAAAGGGCUGGCGCCGGCAUUGAUGUGCUGGUUCUACGGCGACAUUCCAGCACCCUGCGUGCUCUUGACCCCCGGAACGGACAUGAGAAAUGGAACUUCAGUGUCGCGGAACACCAGCUAGCACUGAGCCGGCGGGAAUGCAUGGGACCCAGCGGACCCGCGUCGCCGGUGACGGUGGGGGUCGCGUUACCUGAAGGGGUGGUGGCUAUCCGUCGGCCUGGCGAUGCCGACGUACUCUGGAGACAAAAGUUGGAGGCGCCGGUAGCUAGUGUGUGGCGGCUUCAGGGUGGCUCGCUACAGAGCGUGGACGUCGUGUGGGAGGCCGCUCGAGCACUCGCCAGCCCUGGCGUUACAACAUCCCCGUCCUUGUACAUCGGCCUGCACAAUGAUCAGUUGUACGUCCAAGAAAGUUUAACAUACACUCAAAAAUUAGAGACUGCAGUAUCAAGCCGACCUCUACCAUGGAAAAUGCUUCACUCCCGACCUCUCAUAAAUGGUGAUGAAAAAGGGUUGUCCAUACAAGAACCUGACCCUAACAGCUUAUCUCUUAUGACGUUAUAUGGCAAUACUAGGCAGAUGGGCAGUCACGGUUUCUUUCUUUACCUCCAAGAGACUUGCGACCAGGCAGUCCAAGUGUCUGAGGACACCAAUAUUCCUGAUAUAAUAUUACCGAACAGCAGUGAUGAAGAGUUUGACCAUCACAUCCAUGUUCACGUCUCUUCACUAUGGUAUUGGUGGAAAGAAGUCCUAGUAAUAGUCGCCAGUUCAGUACUACUUUUCAAUUUGAUUGUUUGGCCCAAAUUAUUCCCGUCGAAAGACAGACCGUCCACCACUUUGCCAGUAGUGGAGCCGCCGCCCCCGUACCAGCCACCCGUUGUGACAAAUACGCCCGAGUUUUCAAGUAGAUACGAGACAGACUUUACGCCUUUGAGAUGCCUCGGUAGGGGGGGCUUUGGAGUGGUGUUCGAAGCGAGGAACAAUAUUGACCAUAGAGAUUAUGCUAUCAAGAGGAUUACGUUGCCAAGGAAGGAGGAGAAACGUCAACGCGUUUACCGCGAGGUGCGAGCGUUGGCCAAGUUGGAGCACGAGCACAUCGUAAGGUACUUCAACUCCUGGAUCGAGGUGCCUCCGCCGCAGUGGCAGCGUGAACGUGACCGGCAGUGGUUCAGUGAAAUGGACGACGUGUUACGGUCAAGUAGUUGCAGUGACUCAUUCUCGAUAGUGUUCGACGAGAAUCUAUCAAAGAAAGCGGAAUUAACGAUCUCUUCCGAAAUACCAAAGAAACAUUCAUUGCACAGCAGUGACCCGAACGCGUCAUUCAGGAAACAGUCUAGCGCUGAUAACGGAUGUUCAAUAGAUAAGAGAUUGGAGCGAGUGAAGGGCUGUGAACAGAUCUCUCAAAGUUCUCCAACUGAAAGUUCACCUACUCCUACAAAGAAAAAGAAGGGGCAUAAGCGUCACUGGUCGCUGGACAUGUGCGUGGGGGGCGGUCCCGGCGGGGAGGCGGUGCCCGACACCUACCUCUAUAUACAGAUGCAGCUGUGUCAGCGCGACAGCUUGCAUGAUUGGCUGCGGAACAACCGCACCGCCGAGACGAGGGGCAACAUCGCAAUCUUGUUUCGACAAAUAGUGUCAGCUGUUGAGUACGUACAUCUAGAUGGUCUUAUACAUCGCGAUCUGAAACCUAGCAACAUAUUCUUUGCCCCCGACGGCAAAGUGAAGAUCGGAGACUUCGGUCUGGUGACGGAUAUGAGCGAUAAUUCUCAAGACGGGGAGGCUCCUCCCUUUGAUGCGCAUACCAAGCAUACACAUCAAGUUGGUACUCGUCUUUACAUGUCGCCGGAACAAGUCCAAGGCCUACCGUAUAAUUACAAAGUGGAUAUAUACUCGCUGGGCGUGAUCCUGUUCGAGUUGCUGCAGCCAUUCGGUACCGACUCUGAGAGAGUGCACUGUCUACAGAUGUUACGUGAGCACAAAUUCAUGCCUACCUUCCAACACAAGUACCCUCAGGAGACUGAAGUGUUAAAACUGAUGCUAAGUGCAGACCCUUCAAAACGGCCCACUGCUAUGGGCGUUCGCGCGAGAGCUCCUCUCCGCGAUCACACAGAUUCCCGAUAUCAUUUCACACUGCCACCGGGUCCUGCUGUCCUCGCUUGAUGAUUAAAUUGUAACUUUUUGUAAGUUAUAUUAAAGAGUCUUUCAAAGGCAGUAUAAAAGUAUAAUUCUGCAUUGAAGAGAUGUAAAAGAAGUAUGUAUUAAUGUAACAUCUGAGGUACGGUUCUAUUAUUCAUGCAUACAUUUUGAAGGGUGUUAUCUAUAAAUUACGUCAUGUGAUAAAGAAAAUGAGGACUAGACGAUAUGUGACAUAGUGUGACAAAGAGUGGGAGGAAUCAUACAUUUCGUGACGUCACAUUUCAAAUGUACAUUUUAUUAAUUCGGUUAGGCUUCGGUAGUCUGGCUGUUUAGCUUACCGCCUUACGUGCAGUGGUCGCGGGUUUGAUCCUCGCACGGUACAAACGAUUGUCUUCAUGAGUAUGAUUGUUUGUAUCGGCUGGUUGAUAUGUAUUUUAUGUAUGUAUUUACAAAAGAAAAUAUGUCUUUGUUAUUAGUUGUCUAGUACCCAUGACAAGCUAUGCUUAGUUUAGGACUACAUGACGCUGUGUGAAUUGUCCUGAGAUAUUUAUUAUGUUAAAUAGAAUUGUGUUAUUAUUGCGUUAAAUGGAAAUCUAAAUAAAAUCGAGCUUCCUAUUUGUUUGGUAAUUCAAUAAUUUGUAAAAUAUUUGACGUCACAGUAGGGAUUAGGGGAGUCUGACAAAUGUGACCAACAAGGUGAUGGUGUCAUAUCAUGAAAUUAAUGUGACGUAAUGUGUGGAUGUACCCUUAUAAAAUUACAAGAGAAACUUAAUUUUUGUUGCCUUAUCACUGUGUAUAGAUUUAAUGAACUUCUAUGUUUUCGUCUUUCGCGACAUUUGUUUCGAGUUUUGCAAGUCUUAAGGGUAAGUGCGGUGUACAUAUUUAUAUAAUAUUACUGCAGAAUGAACAUUAGUUUACU